CUUGAUUUACAAUGGAACAACAGCAACAAAAAAGGAAAAAUAAAAUAAUGAUUGAAAAGAAAUAUCAUCACGCAAAACCUUAAAAGUACUAUCGAUGUCGUGUCCUCCUCCUCUUCAUCUACAUCAAAUAGUUCCCACAGUUUUCACAUCAAUUUAACUAUUUUCACAAUUUUUCACUCCCUCUCUCUCUCUCUCAUAUAAUACUAUAUUAGUACCAUAACCCAUCUCUCUUUCACCACCAAACCUCUGCAAAUCCUCUAUACUCUCUCUCACUCCAAGAAAAAAGAAAGAAAAAUGUCAGUAAACCAUUACUCAAGAGACAUCCACCACAACGCUCUCUCGUUGCACCACCACCAAAACGACGCCGUAGCACAAAGAGAGUCUUUGUUCGAGAAAAUACUCACACCAAGCGACGUCGGGAAGCUAAACCGCUUAGUCAUACCAAAACAACACGCCGAGAAAUAUUUCCCUCUCAAUAAUGGCGUCGGCGGCGGAGAUGAAGUGGUGGCGGAGACGACGGAGAAAGGGAUGCUUCUUAGCUUCGAGGACGAGUCAGGCAAGUGUUGGAAAUUCAGAUACUCUUAUUGGAACAGUAGUCAAAGCUACGUGUUGACCAAAGGAUGGAGCAGGUAUGUCAAAGACAAGCACCUCGACGCAGGCGACGUCGUUUUCUUUCAACGGCACCGUUUCGAUCUCCAUAGGCUCUUCAUUGGCUGGCGGAGACGCGGCGAGGCUUCUUCUUCCUCCGCCGUCUCCGUCGUAUCUCAAGAGGCUCGAGUUAACACGACGCCGUAUUGGAGCGGCUUCACCACGCCUUAUCGUCAAGUACACGCGUCAACUACUUCUUACCCUAACGUUCACCAAGAGUAUUCACACUAUGGCGCCGUCGCUGAGACACCAACGGUGGUUGCAGGGAGCUCGAGGACGGUGAGGUUAUUCGGCGUUAACCUCGAAUGUCAUGGUGACGUCGUCGAGCCACCACCGUGUCCCGACGGCUAUAACGGCCAACACGUUUACUACUACUCAACCCCUCUUCCCAUGAAUAUUUCAUUUGCUGGGGAAGCAAUGGAGCAGGUAGGAGAUGGACGAGGUUGAUAAUAUCCAAAAAGAAGUGACAACUUUUUUAGUCUUUGACUUUAGAUUAUGGGCCCAUACUUGGCCCAAAUGUCAUAGAGAUGAUGACACCCAAAAAGGAGGGUAAUUAAAAUCAGCAUAAUUUCGUUAUGUAUUUACUUAUUUAACUAACUUGGAAAAAAUGUUAAAAAAAGAGAGGAGAUUUGUUUUAUUUUAUUUUUCUUCUCUACAUUUGUGGUUGUGGCCUAGAGUACAAAACAUGGAAGUGUUUAUUAUUUGAUGCCAGAGAAUCUGAGAUAAAUUCAAUGAAGCAAGCUUUAACAAAUGCCAUUUGAGAGCAGGUGUCCCUAAUAGGUUAGCUAGACAUCCCCACACACAUGUAGCCUGUAUAUAUAUAUAUAUAUAUAUAUGUAUGUGCAUGUAUCAUAGUAUGUAUCAUGUACAAUGAUGACGAAAGAUGAAUUGGGAAGUGUUGAGAUUCAUGGGAUGAGAUUACAAGAAGAAAAGAGUGUGGGGGCUAACAAAUGAUUAAAGCAUGUGUGUAAAAUGUAUGUUGUGUUACAACUUACAUCGCCUUUUCUAUCUGGUCCAAAGUAAAACCUAGGGACCAUUUUAUUCUAUAC